CCGGCCGCCCGCUGGAGAUGCCCAGGUACUGUGCGGUGGACAGCUGCUCCAACCGAAGUGGUCAGUUAUCGGCCGACCGUCAGAAGCUGGGCUUCUAUCCGUUUCCACUCCAAAACAAAGAAAGACUUAACAAAUGGAUCAAAAAUAUGAAAAAAGAGAACUGGUUCCCCACUAAGCAUCAAUGCAUUUGUAGCGACCAUUUUACUGCAGAUUCAUUUGAAUGGCGCUGGGGUAUACGCUAUUUGAAGACGCAUGCUGUACCAACUGUUUUUUCAUUUCCAACUCAUGAACAGAAUAAGAAGCCAAAUUUUCGACAUAUUCGGAGAAAAAAUAUUUCACCUGAGGGAACAUCAGAAACAAAACUGAAAAUAUUUGGUCCAGCUGCAUCAGCUGAAAUAAGCAGUGAAAGACUAGAAUUAUCAAUUGCUAAUGCACAGUAUGUUGAGCAACCUGAAGGGAAUUCAGAAAUUAACACUGUACCAACUCGGACCAAUGGAAAUUCAGAACCUGUUGUUCAAGACACACCAAAUGAACCCUUCACAAUGAUAAAAGAGGUUGAAAUGAAUCAAUUGUUGAACAAUAAGCAGUCUAUUGUCACCGAGGUUCUACAAGUUGAACAUUCGUAUUGUAGACAGGAUACUGACAAGGCCCUACUCUGGGAAAAAAUUUCCAGAUUGCAGAAGAAGAUAAAAAAACUGCAGCAACAAGAACAGGGGACUGCAGCAGAGCUUAAGAGAAUGGAAAAGCUGAUUGAACAGCUGAAACAAGAGAAUCUUAUUUCUGAAGUAAAAAUGAAGGUUAUGGAAAAUUGUUUUACAGAAUUUGAGUUAACUGUUUUACAAUAAAUGUAUUAAUUGGUUCUAUUAUAGAAAAUGUCUUUUUUAAAUAUUUUUGGACAGAAAACAAUUUAAUCAGAAAAUCCAGCACUUUUCAUCAUGAUUUUUUAGAAAUUAUCAGAAACUUAUUUGUGUUAGAAUCAUGAUGCAUUGCUUAAUUGGAAGUUUGGUUUCUAGAAAUAUUCAGUUACUGGGUAACCAACAAUAAUUACGCUAAGAACAUGUAAUGCUGACAAGAUAUUCAGAUUACCUUUAUGCAGAGUCAAAUGUUUGCAAACUAAGCAGAUUUUUAAUUUGGAAAGAAAUCUUCUUAAUCCUUUAGUGAUGAAAAUAGGCCUAUUUAUAAGCCUUUUGAAAUUGAUAUACAAUUUCAUAUUACAUGAGCUUUUGAGAAAAAGAUGUACAUAUAUUUGGAAUGAUCUGUCUGGAUGGCACGCAAAACAAAGUUUUUCAUUUUAUCUUUCUACAUGCGACAAUAAUAAACUAAUUACCAAUUAAUUCUUAAUCUAAAAGAAAUUGUGAUGAGGAAGUGGAAUAGGAGUACACUGGGCCACUUGAUGCAAGACAAAUUUAGGUUCUGUGAUAUUUUGGCUCCUGCCACUGAUAGAAACAUCCCAAGGCACUAAUUAAGUAAUCGGUCAAAGUUAAUCUCCUCACAAGCCAGUUGUGUAAUCGGAAAUAUAGAAAAAAUGUUCUUGCACCAUCAACUGCAGUAGCAAAGCAAAUGGUAUAUUGUUAACUUAAAAAAUGUAGUAGAAGUAACAGAAUUAAAAAUGAAAACAGAAAUUUCUAGAAAUAUAUGUCACAUUAGGCAGAAUCUAUGGAGAGAAACAGUUAACGUUUCAGGUUGAUGACCUUUCAUCAGUGUAAUUGAGACAUUGAUAAAUGAUAACUUAAUUUUUUUUCCACCUUCAUCUUUUAUUCCUUUUCAGUAUGUUACUAUAUUUUUCUUCCUUAUUUCACACCAUGUCUGGAGGUUAUUUUUCUUUGCUUAAUACGAUUAGAGCAUGAAAAGAUUUUGGUGAUGAACUAAAUAUUGGAUUAUUGCUUUCAUUUUAGUACCUAACUUCAGCCUCCUGGAAAGGCCAAUAUUUACUGCAGGACCAGCACCACCAGUGCAGCUGUCUGCUCACUUAUCUAACUGCUGUUUGUAGAAGUUUGGUAUGCUCAAUCUGGUUGUCACAUUUCCUAUAUUAUGGUACUAAAAACAUUUAACUGUAAAAUGCUUUUUUGACAUCCUACAUUGUAUAACAUGCUAUUUAUCUGUUAGGUCUCCAUAUAACUAACCCUGCUCCUUUCCCUGCUUUUAUCCACCCUCUUCCUUGGUCAGUGUUGUGGGUUCAGUCAGACAUUCUCUGCUUCUAUGACAUUCUAUGCCUUCACUUUCCAGCCAGUUAAAGGUAAGAGAAAUUAGAGUCAUAGAGUUAUACAAUAUGGAAACAGGUCCUGUAGCUCAACUUGACCAUACCAACCAAGUUACCUAACUGAGUUAGUCCCAUUUGCCUGUGUUUGGUCCAUAUUCCCUCUAAACCUUUCCUAUCCACGUACCCAUAUAAAUGUCUUUUCAAUGUAAGAUAAGAUAUCUUUAUUAGUCACAUGUACAUCGAAACACACAGUGAAAUACAUCUUUUUUGCGUAGUGUUCUGGGGCAGCCUGCAAGUGUCGCCACACUUCCGGCGCCAACAUAGCAUGCCCACAACUUCCUAACCUGUACGUCUUUGGAAUGUGGGAGGAAACCGGAGCACCCGGAGGAAACCCACUCAGACACGGGGAGAACGUACAAACUCCUUACAGACAGUGGCCGGAUUUGAACCCAGGUCGCUGGCGCUGUAAAGCAUUAUGCUAACCGCUACACUACCGUGCCAUGACCAUACCAUGUUGUAAUUGUACCUGCCUCCACUGCUUCCUCUAGCAGCUCAUUCCAUAUACACACCGCCCUCUGUGUGGAAAAAGUUCCCCCUUAGCUCCCUUUUAAAUCUUUCCUCUCUCACCUUAAACCUAUGCCUUCUAGUUUUAGACUUGCCUACCCUGGGGAAAAAGACUGUAACCAUUGAUCUUAUAAAAGAAUACAAAAUCAUGAAGGGUAUAGAUAAGGUUACUCCUCCACCUCCUAUGCUCCAGGAGAAAAAAAGGCCCAGCCUAUCCAGUCUCUCCUUAUAACUCAAGCCCUCUAGUCCCAGUAACAUCCUUGUGAAUCUUUCCAGCUUAAUUACAUCCUUCCUAUAGCUAAGCGAUUAGAACUGCGUAAAUACUCCAAGUGCAGUCCCAUGACCUACUCCACAAUAAAUAAAUACAGGAAAUCAGACUAUUAUAGUCCAUACUGAACUUGCAAUACUGAGGCCAAAAGAUUAUGACAUUUGUUGUAGACUGGAAAGCAACUAGGGUUGAUUACAUUGUACUGAAUUUUUAUCUUGUUGAGUUUUCAAUGAACUAUGCUGCUCUGGGAAGAAUAUUUGGCUGUGAAUUUAUCAAUUUUUACAAUAUUGGCAAGAAUAGUUAAAGUGUUUAUGAGUUAGGAGUGCUGAGAUCACCACAACUGAUGAAUAUAUAUAUAUUUACAAUUUAAAUUGUCAAUCAACUAAUAAAUUACAAUCAUUUUUAAUUGACUAGAUGGUUAGUUUAAAUAGUUUUAAAAACUUUAAAAAGUUUUAAAUAGUUUUAAAAACGUGACAAUGACCUUUGUUCUGAUCCAUUAAUACAUACAUUUACUUUUUAAUGUGUACUGGAUUCUGAAUAUUUUAGCAUUUAGUAUGUUAAUUACAACUCCCUUAAUCCUGUUGCACUUGUUAUUUCUGGAUUCACUUACAUCUUUACCUCUUGAAUCAGGUUCUUGUGGGUCUGAUCCUGUUCUGGGAACUUGACUACAUAAUCCAGGCUUGCACUGGAGUGCAGAAUGAAGAACACAUACAUUUUUGUUGUGAAUGAUAUGGUAAACAUGAGUUUCUGCUCUUGGGUAAAGGAUUCUCUGAUGUCAUUUGAAAGUCAGGAGAAUUAUCUAAAUUCUGGCCAAUAGUCAAACCUCAAUCAAUACCACCUAAAUAAAGGCAAUUUGGUCAAUUACCUCAACCACUACUCAUGAACUUUGCUGUAUUUGUCAUCAUUAGCCUAUCUGCAACAAUGAGUACGGUUCCAAAGUAUUUCACUGUUGUGAAACACUUGGAGCAUACUGUUUUGUUCUUUCUUCUGGAAUGAUAAUAGAGUCUUACUGCACAGAAAUGGGCCUUCAGCUCACCACAUCCCUGCUGACAUUUUGUCCAGAUCAAUUUUAGCUGAGAGAUUUACAUUCAUGUUUACUGUAAAUUUAUCUUAACUCCCAGACACGCAUGAGUACAGAUGCACACACACAAUGAAGUAGCUAUUCAACAAUGCCUUGGGGGCCAUAAUGAAUCUUUUUAUAAAACUCUGGGUCAGCUACAACUGGGCACCACACUUAAGAUGAUGUAAAGGCUUUAGAAAAGGUGCAGAAAUGAUUCAACAAAAUGAUUCCAGAUCUGAGGAGCUUUAGUUGAGUGG